CUCUCUAAGCCGCCUGUGCUGAGAACAGGGCAGAACAAACCUUCCAGACGCUGAGCGGUGAUUCAAACUCGGUUUAUUGCUCACUACAAGGUGGCUGUUAGAUGAUGCUGGACCGUAAAUGGUGUAAAGUCAGCGCUGAGAGCUUCUGCCUAUCAGUGCCCUCUUAUAGCCCUGCCUUGCUCCUCUGCGGAACUUCUAAUGAAGAUUAUUUUGACAAUCUAAGCACCAGUAGCUGAGUUUUCUGAUAUUGAAGCUGUCUGGAUUCAACAUGUAGCAGAUAAUUACUAUGCCGCCACACUUGUUACUUCUAGACCACACUUUUCUCUUUUAAAUCUCCUUGCAUAUCAACAGUGAAUGAAUCAUCUUAAUUCCUUUUUUGGAUUUUGUUAACUAAAAUUCAAGUUGGAUUUCAAGUGGUAUUAAUUAAACUGAGGAACAAUGAGUAGUAGUCUUGGAAAAGAAAAAGAUUGUAAGGAGAAAGAUCCCAAAGUGUCUUCAGCAAAAGAAAGGGAGAAAGAGGCCAAGGCCUCUGGUGGAUUUGGGAAAGAAAGUAAAGACAGAGAAUCUAAGACCAAAGGGAAGGAAGCCAAAGAUGGGAAGAAGGACUCUAGUAGUUCACAGCCAGGUGUGGCUUUUUCAGUUGACAACACAAUAAAACGGCCCAACCCAGCUCCAGGUGCCCGUAAAAAAUCCAGUAAUGCUGAGGUGAUCAAAGAGCUAAACAAAUGUCGGGAAGAAAAUUCAGUACGUUUGGACUUGGCUAAGAGGUCUAUACAUCUUCUCCCAUCAUCUAUCAAAGAGUUAACCCAGUUGACGGAACUUUAUUUAUAUGGAAAUAAAUUACAGUCACUACCUGCUGAGGUAGGCUGUCUUGUGAAUCUGGAAACUUUGGCCUUAAGUGAGAACUCACUCACCAGCCUUCCGGACUCUCUUGGUAACUUGAAACAGCUUCGUAUGGUUGAUCUACGGCAUAACAAAUUAAGAGAGAUUCCUCCUGUGGUGUAUAGGCUAACUUCCCUUACUACACUUUAUCUGCGGUUUAAUCGUAUCACUUCAGUGGAAAAGGAUAUCAAGAACUUGUCCAAUCUCACCAUGCUAAGCAUACGGGAGAACAAAAUCAAACAACUCCCUGCAGAAAUUGGUGAAUUAUGUAACCUCAUAACGCUGGAUGUAGCCCACAAUCAGCUUGAACAUCUUCCAAAGGAGAUUGGCAAUUGCACACAGAUCACCAAACUUGAUCUACAGCACAAUGAACUUUUGGAUCUUCCAGACACUAUAGGAAAUCUAUCUACUUUGAAAAGCCUUGGUCUGAGAUAUAACCGUCUUUCAGCAAUACCCAGGACUCUAGCACAGUGCAGUAAACUUGAUGAGUUAAAUUUGGAAAAUAAUAUUAUUUCUACUUUGCCAGAGGGUCUCUUAUCCAGUCUUGUGAAUUUGACUAGUCUAACUCUGGCAAGGAACUGUUUUCAAUCUUACCCUGUGGGUGGCCCUUCACAGUUCUCUACUAUCUACGCUCUCAAUAUGGAACAUAACCGCAUUAACAAAAUUCCUUUUGGAAUUUUUUCAAGAGCAAAAGUAUUAAGUAAACUGAACAUGAAGGACAAUCAACUGACAUCACUUCCCCUGGAUUUUGGGACAUGGACCAGUAUGGUGGAACUCAAUUUAGCUACAAAUCAGCUCAACAAAAUUCCUGAGGAUGUAUCUGGACUUGUUUCUCUUGAGGUUCUUGUUUUGUCAAAUAAUCUCCUAAGAAACCUCCCACAUGGCAUUGGAAAUUUGAGGAAACUGAGAGAAUUGGAUCUAGAGGAAAAUAAAUUGGAAUUGUUGCCAAAUGAAAUAGCAUACCUUAGGGAUCUACAGAGGCUGAUCCUAACAAAUAAUCAAUUGAGCACUCUUCCUAGAGGAAUUGGUCACCUUAUCAAUCUGACACAUCUUGGGCUGGGAGAAAACUUUCUUACACAACUUCCUGAGGAAAUUGGUACACUGGAGAAUCUGGAAGAACUUUAUCUAAAUGACAACCCACAUCUAAACAGCCUUCCUUUUGAACUGGCUCUUUGCAGCAAACUAUCUAUAAUGAGCAUUGAGAACUGUCCGCUCAGUACCCUUCCAGCUCAGAUUGUUGCAGGUGGACCUUCCUUUAUUAUCCAGUUUCUCAAAAUGCAAGGACCAUAUCGAGCCAUGGUCUGACGGAUAUCUUCCCCGAUGAUGUACAAAAUAUAAAUGGCUUUUGUGGUGUCAUUAUGUAUAUAGUAUCUAGGCUACAUGAUGCCCAGUGUGGAUAAAAGAUGGAUUGUCCCAUACACUCUACUAAAUGCAAACUGCACUGUUAGUAUUGUGUAUGUGUGUAUAUAUAAUAUAAUAUAUAGAUUGUAUAUUAUAUUAUAAAACAUAAAUAAUAUAAAACACAAAUUUCAGACCACACGUAUGUGUUCCUGCUCAUAGAGGAAACAUAGCCAUUUAGAUUUUUUUUCAUUAUAAAUGCUUGUUAAUGUUUUCUUCAGUGAAUUUGAUGGUUAUCUGGAUAAUUUAGGGUACCAGUUCACUGAAAACAAUGUCAAUUAACUGCUGAUCAAUUUAAGGGAAAAUAUUUUUAAACCAAGCCUUUUCCUGUUGGAUAAAAAGCAACUUAGUCACACAAAUUAUUUUGUCAUUCCUUGUAGAUCACAUUUUGUGACAAAAAUAAUAUUGGAAUUAUUUGUAUUUUCCUUUAUUCUGGAAAGUCCUUUAACUUAUUUUAAGUUUUAAAACAAAUGGUCUUGUAUGUUUACAGUCAGGGUAUGUCACUGGAUUCGGGGUGGGGUGGAAUUUACUCUGUUUUAUUGAAUCUAGAAGUUGUAUUCUUCUGCUGAGGGCUUUUUAUUGACUGAUUCGUAUUAUUGCAAAAACAUAAGCAACUAAUUAGUGAAAAAAAUAAGUCCAACAGAAGCUUGAGUUCCUUUGAAUUCAUCAGUUAUAAGCAUAUCAUACUGAAGAAGCAAUUAUUUUAUGGUUGCCUCAUUUAGCAUAAGCAACAUUUUUCACUUAAAGAAGUGACAAAUUUGUAGAAAAGUAUCAUGUUCUGUUAAGAUUUAGUAUUGCGUCAAUGAUGGAUCUGAAACGCAAUGAUAAUUGUAAGGGUUUUUCCUGGUCUUUGUGCAAUUAAUGAAUGUGUCUUUUUUUGAAACCCUGCAGUAUACGUAAAAUUUAUGGUCGGUUGACAAUGUUACUCUGGUUUUAUAUCUUGCCUUGCCUUGUACAUCCUCCCAUUAUUAUGGAGUGUCUGCGUCAAAGCACAAUAUCUUCAUGCUGUGCUGUUUUGCUGCUGAACUAAAUG